AUGUGUUUUGGCAGUCGCAAGAGCGACAGCGGCGAGGCUCGCUCCCGCGAACUCGACCGCAUGCUCCGCCAAGAUGAGCGUCGAAUGUCCAAGGAGGUCAAGCUCCUUCUUCUCGGUGCCGGAGAAUCGGGCAAAUCGACUAUUCUGAAACAGAUGAAGCUCAUAUACUCACAGGGCUUCAGUAAGAGCGAGCGUCUUGACUGGAAACCCGUCGUCUUUAGCAACAUUGUCCAGUCCUUUCGCACCAUCAACGAGGCCAUGUCGGAGCUCAACUACGAUUUCGACAACCCCGAUAAUGAGAAAUACAUGGCGCGCAUUCUUGUCGAUCACGAAAUCAGUCCCGAAGAAAAGCCACCACAAGAAUACCUAGAACCCAUCAAGAGCCUCUGGCAAGACAGCGGCGUGAAGAGGGCCAUCGCCAAGGGCAACGAAUAUGCGCUCCACGACAACCUUGCAUACUUUGUCGAAGACAUUGACCGUAUUUGGGCCGACGGCUACGUUCCCAACGACCAGGAUCUUCUGCGCUCGCGACUACGAACUACGGGUAUAACAGAAACCAUUUUCGACCUCGGGCAGCUGACUUACCGCAUGUUUGAUGUUGGUGGACAACGAUCUGAACGCAAGAAGUGGAUUCAUUGCUUUGAGAAUGUUAACUGCCUGCUUUUCCUGGUCGCGAUCAGUGGCUACGACCAGUGCCUUGUAGAGGACAAGGACGGAAACCAAAUGAACGAAGCCCUGAUGCUAUGGGAAUCGAUAGCCAACUCGCAUUGGUUCACGCGCUCCUCCAUGAUCCUCUUCCUCAACAAGAUGGACCUCUUCCGCGAAAAGCUGCCGCGCAGCCCCAUCAGCAAAUACGGCUUCACUGAUUACCACGGCCCAACGGACGACUACAAAGCCGCCAGCAAGUACUUUCUCGAUAAAUUCAAGGCCCUGAGCCGCAACCCGGAAAAAGAAAUCUACGGCCACUUUACCAACGCCACUGAUACCAACCUGCUCAAGAUCACCAUGGGCUCGGUGCAGGACAUGAUAAUACAGCGCAACCUGAAGCAGUUGAUACUAUAA